AUGAUCGUGUCCAACGCGAGCCUGAGCGGCUGCGCGGGGGUCAACAGCGCUCUGUGCGCCGGAGCCGGGGAAGGGCACCUUAGGGGAGGCUCAUACCGGACCACCCUCACACCGACAGGGAACCUGGUAGUGGCCGUGUGCCUGGGCUUCAUCGGCACUUUCGGACUUAUGAACAACCUGCUUGUGCUCGUGCUCUUCUGCCGCUACAAGAUGCUGCGGUCGCCCAUCAACCUGCUCCUGAUUAACAUUUCCAUCAGCGACCUGCUGGUGUGCGUACUGGGGACUCCGUUCAGCUUCGCGGCCAGCACGCAGGGAAGGUGGCUCAUAGGGAAAGGGGGCUGCAUGUGGUACGGCUUCGCCAACACCCUGUUUGGCAUCGUGUCCCUAAUCUCCCUGGCUGUCCUUUCCUAUGAGCGCUACAGCACCAUGAUAGAGCCCGCCGAGGCGGACUCCUCCAACUACUGCAAGAUCUCCCUGGGCAUCGCCCUGACCUGGGUCUAUUCCCUCAUCUGGACCCUGCCGCCACUCUUUGGCUGGAGCAGCUAUGGCCCAGAGGGUCCCGGGACCACCUGCUCUGUUGACUGGACGGCCAAGACAGCGAAUAACAUCUCUUACAUCAUCUGCCUGUUUGUCUUCUGCCUCAUCGUGCCGUUCCUGGUGAUCGUGUUCUGCUAUGGGAAGCUGCUGUGUGCCAUCCGACAGGUGAGCGGGAUCAAUGCAUCAAUGAGCAGGAAACGUGAGCAGCGUGUGCUAUUCAUGGUGGUCAUAAUGGUGAUCUGCUACCUGUUGUGCUGGCUGCCUUACGGCAUCAUGGCCCUGCUGGCCACCUUCGGGCCGGCGGGCAUGGUCACACCCGAGGCAAGCAUCAUCCCCUCAGUCCUGGCCAAGACCAGCACAGUCAUCAACCCAGUCAUCUAUGUCUUCAUGAAUAAACAGUUUUACAGAUGUUUCCAAGCCCUUCUGUGUUGUGAGGCUCCCCGACGAGGCUCCAGCUUAAAAAGCUCCUCCAAGGUCGCCACCAAGGCCAUGAGAGGUGUAGCAGUCACCGGUCCCCGCCGAACCAAUGACUUCCUAUUUAUGGUAGCUUACCUGGGUCAACCGGCCACCACGAUGCCCCGACUGGGACCCUCCUUUGAAGUCACCAAUGAUGUCACCAAAGCCCCCUCUUCAGUGGCCCACUUUGAUGGCUGA